UGACUAAAUGUCAAAAUUUAGCUUCAGCUUGUAAAACAAUUAACAGAUAUAUUUCCACUUUUCCAAAAAUAAACUAACAAAUUUAUUUUGAAAAUAUCUAAAACAAGAUUUGUGCUAAUGCACAAUCUUUUAGGUAAAGUCCAAGGCGAAUUAAAGGCAAAAAUAGGUAAAUUUCUUGGCAGCUGCGUUGCAAGACCCCCUUUCGCUGUGGUGGUGGUAGAGUGAAAAUUUUUAUUUUAACAACGUUGCUAAAGUUUGAGGCGAAAUAACAGCAAAUAGCUUCCAAAAUGUCCAAUGGCAAUCGAGGACCUGGACCAAUACCAAACCGCUGGUUACAUUGCCCUCGAAAAAGCGAAGGGAUUAUUGUGGGAAAGUUUAUAGCGUUUAAAACGCCACUUAGUGCAGCUUUCGAUGACCAAAUGCCCGAUGAUUGCUUAUUUUAUCCAGAAAUGAUAUUUGGCUAUUGCAAGUCUAUCAAAUUAAAGCUGGGUUUGUGGAUUGACUUGACCAAUACCAAGAGAUUCUAUGACAGUGCUGUGGUUAAAUCCAAGGACACGCAGUAUGUUAAGCUACAAUGUCGAGGGCACGGUGAAACACCAUCACCGGAACAAACACAGUCAUUCAUUGAAAUUGUGGAUAAUUUCAUAAACGAGCGACCAAGUGAUCUAAUUGGGGUGCAUUGCACACAUGGUUUUAAUAGAACGGGUUUCCUAAUUGCUUCCUAUUUGGUGGAACGUUUUGAUUUCUCGGUCGAAGCAGCUUUGGCAACAUUUGCCAAAUUUCGACCUCCAGGCAUAUACAAGGCGGACUAUAUUAGAGAGCUGUACAGGCGUUUUGACGAUGAGGAUGAUGCACCACCUGCCCCGGAGUUACCUGGUUGGUGUCUGGAAUUCGAUGAUUCAGAUAGAGGUCCUCAAAAGAGGAAAUACGAAGAAAGUGCACACUCUUCAAAUUCUCAACAAGCUAUGGCGGCUCGCUCACAAACACAUUCCAAUGGUAGUUUAGGCCUCAUAGAAACACUUGAUGAUCCGGAGGAUGAAGCACAAGAAGACGAAGGCGAAGCGAAUGAAGGCAAUGAGGCAGAGGAUGGUGGUGCCCCCAAUGGCAAACCACGCAAGAAGAGGCGUCGUGAGAUGAUCAUCAAAAAUGCUAAAUUUAUGGAGGGCGUGCCGGGAGUUACUCUAGUAACAGAUCAGCCGCGUCUGGGAGAUAUACAGCAAAAAGUGCAGGAUAUGUGUGGCUGGAAUAAAAGUGGCUUUCCUGGCUGCCAGCCGGUAUCUAUGGAUUGCGAAAACAUGAAGAGAUUACAUGAAAUACCAUAUCGAGUCUCUUGGAAGGCAGAUGGUACCAGAUAUAUGAUGUUAAUUAAUAAACGUGACGAGAUAUAUUUCAUAGAUCGCAACAACUCAUGCUUCCAGGUGGAGAAUAUAACGUUUGUAAAAUACAACAACCUACAUGAACAUUUGGAGGACACUCUACUGGAUGGAGAAAUGGUUUUGGAUAAAUACCAAGGGCAACACAUACCACGCUACCUCAUCUAUGACAUUAUUAAAAUCGGCAGCCGUGAGAUAGGGAAAGAGCACUUCUAUCCCAAUCGCUUGCAAUGCAUUGACAUGGAAGUUAUAAGUCCCCGUCAUAAGGCCAUAGAAAAAGGUAUCAUAGAUCGUCCUUCGGAGCCGUUCAGUUUGCGCAAAAAAGACUUUUGGGACAUAAGACAAUCAGCCUCAUUGCUGGGCGAAAAAUUUGCCAAAAGCCUGCUGCACGAACCGGACGGCCUUAUAUUUCAGCCCUCGGAGCAAGCCUACACCGCAGGUGUAUGCAAGGAUGUUUUCAAGUGGAAACCUUUGAAUAUGAAUUCGGUUGAUUUUCGUUUGAAAGUGGGCGAGGAGUCUGGACAAGGUAUACUACCACGCAAAAUUUGUCUACUCUAUGUUGGUGGUCAUGAACCUCCAUUUGCCCAAAUGAAAUACACCAAAGCCAUUAAGGCUCAAAAUUUAGAUAAUAAAAUUGUAGAGUGUACUGUAAAUGCGCAAGGGCAAUGGGAACUAAUGCGUGAACGUACCGACAAAACUUUGCCCAAUAGUUUUAAUACUGCCAAAUCCGUUAUAGAUAGCAUACGAACCCCAGUCACCAAGGAGAUAUUGUUGAGUUUCAUAGAUGCCAAUGGUUUCCGUAAUGAUCAUGACAUGAUGCCACCUCCACGUAGCAAUAACAAUCAUCAUAUGCAUGCCCAAAGACAACAUGCAACACAGCAACAAAGGCAUAAUCCACAUAAUCAUCAUCAACAGCAACAAAUUCAGCAACAGCAAAUUAGACUGCCUCCCAAUUAGAUCUAAGGGAUUUUAAACUUUGUAUCUCACUGGGGCGACAACCAACCACUUCAUAGCACACAUAAAAAUUA